UUCUCACAGUGUACGUUCCUCGCUCUCAUACCUCUCGGUUUCCUCUGCUACGGGAACAGAUUCCCGGAUUAUCGUUGGGAAAUUUGCAAACAGAUCUCAGACCGUGGGAAUAAGGCCAGCUCGACGGAUCUGUGGCUCGAGAAUAUUUGAUCUGACAUCUGAAACAGGUACAUUUCAGGAAGCUUCAUUCAUUAUUUAGAACCCAGUCAUGGGAAGCACAGAGGAGAUAACAAAAAUGAGGUCUGUGAAGAAGAAAUUGGACAUGGAGGGUGAAGAAUCUGAUUCUUCAAAGUCAAAGGGAACAUCAGGUGAUGCAAGUCCAGACCCCUUAGAACAUGGAAUUGAUGAUGACUUGAAGCCACUAGCAGAGGGAGAGGCCAAGAACUCAAAAAGUGACACAGAAAGUGACAAUGAAAGUGAGAAGGGAGCCUGCAAACCAAGAGACAAGUCUCCUGAGGGGAUAGAUGUUCAAGGUGCUCGCUUUCGGAAUGAUAGUGAGAGCUCAUCGGAGAGUGGCAAAUCUCCAAGUUCAGAGCGCAUGAAAAGGCAACGGACUGUAAGCGGCUCCUCCCCAGUUCAAAACUUCAUCUUCCCGGGCGUUGCAGCAUCUCCUCCUAAAUUCAUGUCCUUGGAGGAAGUCAUGAAAGCAGCAAAGGGAGUUAGCAACAUGGUACUUGCACAUGAGAUUGCUGUAGACAAAAAUUUCAAGCUGGAGAAGUUUGAACCUCCAGAUAACAGUGUUGAGAAGCAGGUCCGUGAUGUCAUGCACAAAGCCUUCUGGGACCAGUUAGCAGAACAGCUCGCCCAGGAACCUCCUAGCUAUGAACAGGCUUUGAUAUUGCUCCAGGAAGUCCGGGAUAACCUUUUAGACAUCACCCUUCCCCACCACACUCGUUUGCGACAGGAAAUAUCAGAUACAUUGGAUGUGGAUUUAAUCAAACAGCAAGCAGAGCACGGCGUAUUGGAUUUUAGUCAGUACUCUCAGUAUGUACUCUCCAUUAUGGCUCGCCUCUGUGCUCCUGUCCGGGAUGAAACUAUCCGUAAUCUUAUGAGAGAAACAGAAAUUGUGACAGUGUUCCGUGGUGUGAUGGAGACCCUAGACUUAAUGCGUCUUGAUAUGGCAAACUUCACCAUUCAACAAAUCAGGCCUCACAUCAUUGCACAGAGUGUAACUUAUGAGAAGAAGAAAUUUGCUGAGUUCCUCAAGACCCAAAAUGAUGGCCUGGAGUUGACGAGAGAUUGGCUUAUAAACCAUGUGCGAGAAGAUGACAUUGAAGGGGCAGACGAACUUUCGAUGAGAGGAAUAGUAGGAUCUGUCAUCAGUCGAGCUUACUUGGAACUCCUGUCAUGGUCGGAUGAGAAGCUUUUACCAGAGACUGUGGUAAUGGAUGGAGGCAGAAUCUUCGAGCUUCGUGAUCGCCUGAGCCAAGUUUGCAUCCUGGGUUCAGUGUUGCUGGUCACAAUGUCUUCAGUGGGACCCAUGAUCAGUCAAGCAGAUGCUUUCAAGCUCAAACUAAAACGAAAUCUCUGUAUCAUUCUCGAUCCAGCUCUGUCAGAUAGUGAGACCAUGGCACUGAUGGAGAAUAUUGCUGAACAAGUGGUGAAGGAGGUUGAGGAUCACCUGAGUGAAAAUGAGAAGCCACCUCUUCCGGCAUCAGCCAAGGUUGCUCUAAAGUCACAAGUCCUCGAGAUUAAGAGCCCAGACCAUCGUAUUAGAGCUCUCAUAAUGAAGAGAGCAAUGGAGUUCAUUGGCACACUGCUGAGUUCCACCACAGCUCGCCCAGUGCAGAUGCCCCCUGGACUCUCAACUCUGCAGGAAGAGCUAGCAAACAUCUGUGGCACUUUGCUCCGUCUCGUGACACACAACAGAAAUGUCUUUGGGGAAUAUUAUUCAGAUAUCAUCACCAACCACAUAAAGGCUAAGAAAGAAUAUGUUGAGUCAGCAGAUGACAAAGAGCAAGUGGAAGAGAAGAAGGAAGGGGAGGUGGAGAAGGAGAAAGACCAGCAGGAAGAAGAAGCCAAAAGUGAGGUAGAAGCAUAGUUCUGUGAUGGAAAUUAAUGAUUGACUUUGUGUGAAAGGGAAGAUAUUGUGAGGUAAACAUGAAUGUACAGUUAUAUAUUAUAUGUACAUAUACAUUAGAUAAAUUCAUUUCAAGAUAACAAGCAUUAGUGAUAAAAGUAAAAUGUGCAUCUUAAACAUACGCUGCAUAAAAAUGAAUCUCAGAUCAGGUUAAUAAUCAGUUUCCAAAAUAUACAAACAAGAAAAUAGUUGAAGUAUGAAAUGUACUCAUCCGCUGAUUAAUGUAACAGACUUCAUCAUGAUUGAUAAUGCAUUGUAAAAGAGAUGUUUAUUUUAGAUUUACUGUUUUGAGUAAAUGUAAAACAAUACAAUGAAAAUUAAACAAGGCACUCAAGAAACUACGCAUAACAAUUGCAUAAAAGAUGUAAAAGACACUUUCAGAAUACAUACCUUUGAAAUUCUCACAGACCUUGAAAUUGAAGUGAGUGACAGAACAGUUUUACCUUCUAUUACACAUAAAUAAAGUUACUUCUCAAUUACUUUUCAAUGCUUCUAAGUCCAUUUGUAGGCAUCGAAGGUGCAAUUUUUUAUUGCUUUGGUGCCAGAUGGAAUAUGAAUUUCCAACAGCUGCCUGAAAGAGUCAUGCUAUGUGUUGAAGAACGGUGGUCCAAACGUACUGAACUAGAACAAAAUUGGUUAUGUUGUUUUAUUCUGCUGUAGUAUGAAGCAUUGUGCCAAGAUUGGAAGAGAAAAAUGUGCUAUAUGUGACAGGCUGAAUAGAAAAUUCUGUAAAUAUACAAAUAUUAAAAAAAUAUAUAUAAAAGAAAAACAAGAAAAAUAUGUUAU